AUGAGUUAGCUCAUUAAUAAUUUGAACAGCAAAAAUAAUUUGUUGAGAAAUAAUGUUGCUAAUAUAAAAAGGAUUAAGACUAUAAAUUUAGAAAUUUUAAAUAUUGAAAAAGAAGAAACAGCUAGGAAGAUAAAAGAAUUUGAUUCAGAAAAAGAUGAUAUUAGCAAGAAUCUUUAUGAGUUGAAAUAAUAAAAAAUUUAAUGCUCAGCUUAAAAUUAAAAUUAGAUUGGGUAACUAUAAUAAUAAAUAAAAUAUUUAGAAAGUGAAAUAUAAAAUUCUAAUAAACCUACUUCUGUUUAUUUUCUUUUUGAUUAAAAUGAUAUGAGUAUUUUAGAAACAAACUAUAAAAAUUAUUGUUAAUAAGCUAAAAUCAAAUCAAAUAUUCUUUAUUACAGUUCAAGUUCAAAUAAAGGAUUUUUUACUGUAUACUCUUUCACAAAAUGUUUAGAAACAAUUACAGAAUAAUUAUAAUUAAUUUAUACAAGUUAAAAAUAAAAUAAUUCCAAAAUUUAAAUUAAACUUAUUGUAAAUUCACAACAAUACUAAAGUUAUUAAAAUUACGAAUAAAAAAUAAAUCUAUUAAUAGAAAAAGUUACCUAAAUAAUAAGAUCUGGAUAUGAAUUAAAGAUACACAUCUUUGAUAAGAAUUGCGGAGAUUAGAUUUGCUUCUACCAUUUAUAUACCUAAUUAGAAAAAGUUGCUAAUGUGAUUUAUUAAAAUUUAAUAACUUGCACAAAUAAAGAAGGCUUAGAGAGUGAUCAUUAGCAAUAUGAUGUUGAAAAAAAGUAGAAAUCCCAAAUAAUUUAACUAAAUAAUAAUUUAGAGAAAUUAUUAACCAGUUCUCAAGAAUAAUCAAAGUUAUAAGAUCCUUAAAUAAGUAUGUUACAAAAGUAGCUUAUUAAAAAAGAGAAUGAGCAGUAAGUAUUUAUUUAAAAAUAAAAAAACAAUUAAUAAAAGAUAAAUGAAUUAGGGUAAUAAGUUUUAAAUAAUUAAAUGGAAUUAAAUAAUUUACAGAGUACCUUAACUUUGAAAUAAAAUGAUUUAAGUACUUAAAAUAAAAAUUAGGCAACUUUGGAGAACAUGCUUAAAACUGAGGAAUAGAAAAAAUAUAUAUCUUCCUAUUAAGAUCAAUUAAAGAAGAUAAUUUAGGAAUGCGAAGAUUUAAAAAAGUAAAUAUCAAGCUUAGAAAUGACUUAAAAAAAACAAAAAACAUUAACUGAGACUUUAGAAGAUCUAAUUUAAAAAUUAGGUAAGUUCUAUCAAGGCAUUCAAUUAGAAAUAUUAGUUCUUUAUUCUUUUGUAUACUAAUUCUCUGGAGAGGAUGAUCUAUUACUUCUAAUGUUUGCAUUAAGUUUUGAUUCUAAAACAUAGUAUAUAGAUGUGGAUUAUGAAAAAAAUUUACAAAAAGUUUUUGGCUUAGACUAAAGAAAUUCUUAAAUAUUUCUUGAGUAUAUAUAAGUAUAAGUUGAGAGAUUAGGAUCAAAUUAAAUAAAUAUUAUUUUCAAACCAAACCACAAAGAUGAAAUAAAUAUAGGAAAGCUAAAUGAAAUAAUAAGUUAUGUGUAGCCAAAAAUUACUGAAACAGCAAAACAAAAUAUUUUAAAACUCACAAUUUUAAAUACAAAAGAAUUAAUGAUUCAAUUUUAAAAAUAAAAUAUAAAAAGGACAAAUUGA